AUGGCCAAAUCAUUUUGUGAAGACUUAGCUGAAGAUUUUAAAAGCCUAUAUGAAACCAAAGAACGUUGUGACACAAUUAUUAAUGUUGGAAAAGAACCAAAUGUUGAACAAAUUUAUGCCCAUUCUGUAAUUCUUUGUACUAGAUCAUCUUAUUUUCGUACUGCAUUAUCUGAUAAGUGGGCUAAAAAAAGAUGGUGGAUAUUUAGUUUUAUCAAAACCCAAUAUAAGUUUUUGUAUUGUGGAAUAGUGGAUUUAGAAAGCCAAGAAAUUGAAAUAAUAUUUGAGCUUCUAAUUGCUGCAGAUGAACUUUCAAUUCAAAAAUUUACAGCCUAUAUUCAAGACUUUUUAAUUGAAAAUAGCUAUAAAUUCUUACUGCAAAGUCUCAUGAAAAUGCUUCAUUUUAUUGUACAUAAUCAAUUCGAUGAACUUAAAGAAGCUUAUAAUGAAAACAUUGAUAAAUUAGAAGAAAUAUUACAAGAAUUAAUUCAAUUAAUUAGAUUUUAUCAAAUUGAUCCCAAGGAAUUUAUUCCUGAAGUAUGGGAAUAUAAACACCUUCUUCCCGACAAAGUAAUUAAGGAUAUAUUACAUUGUCAUUUGGAUCCAGAUGCUAAACCAUUAUAUCACACAUUUCCGAUCAGAUGGGGCAAUUUUAAAGUCGACUCACAAUUAAUUGAUAAGGAAAUCGCAUUAAUAUUGACGAAAUGGAUAGAUAAAAAAACUAUAGAUGACGAAGAAUCAAAGGGAUUUCAAUACCAUUUUAAUCUUCUUUUUCGAAAUAGUUCAGAUGGUGGUGGUCUUUCAUCUCAUAAAUUUCAUCAAAAUUGUGAUAACAAAGGAGCAACAAUUGUCAUAGCGAAAAUUAAAGAUAAAAGUUGGCUUAUUGGUGGUUACAAUCCACUUGAUUGGAAUGGAAAUGAUGUAUGGAAACAAACAACAGAUAGCUUCUUAUUUGUAUUAAAUAUUGAUACCCUCAAAGGAUCUACAUCAUACGUUGAUCAUAGUAGUUAUGCAAUUUAUUGCAAUAGUGGUUGUGGACCAAGUUUUGGGGAAGGCCCUGAUUUUCGCAUAUCAAAUGAUGGCAGUACUUUUAAAUAUAGAGUAAAAUCUUAUCACCGUAAGUUAGUAAAUUCAAAUAAUCCAGGAUCACAUGAAAUUUCAAAACUUUCAAUCACAGAUUAUGAAGUUUUUCAGAUAGUUAGCAACAUUUCUACCCAAGGUUGA